AUUGAAAGAUUGAGAAUAGUGGUGAUAUAUAUAUUUUUUUACGAGAGUGACUAUAUUAUGUGUAGAAAGUGAGAUUUUCCAGCUGAAAUGUAUGGGUAAUGAUGGUCAUGACGUGAUGUCAUGGCCAUGGAUGUUCAUAUUCCUUACUGGUCUGAGUUGAGGAUAAGGGGUUUGACUUGUUCUCCAUGGAGUAGCCACCAAGUAAAAAACACGAGGGCUUUUUCAGUCAAACUCAAAAACCAGAAUUUCAGUACUUGUGGAGGCGCUCACUCUGCCAUUUUGGGGUGGAAGAAGAGAGAAAUGGGUUGGAGUGAGACAGUCAGAAACGCAGAGAAGUUGGUGGAGAAAACCAUGAAAGGGAACGACGCUUCCCACGACGCUGCUCACGUUUGGAGGGUCAGAGAUCUCGCUCUCUCUCUCGCCCAAGAUGAAGGCCUCUCUUCCAAUCCACACUCCAUGCAAAUUGUUGAGCUCGCUGCCCUUCUCCAUGAUAUAGGUGAUUACAAAUACUUGAGAGAUCCAUCUGAGGAGAAAAUUGUUGAGAAUUUUUUGGAGGCAGAAGGAAUAGAGGAGGAGAUGAAAAGUACGAUCUUGGGGAUUAUUAAGGGCAUGGGUUUCAAAGAGGAGGUUUCAGGGAAUGGAGUUGGUGAACUGUCUGUAGAGUUUGGGGUUGUACAAGAUGCUGAUCGCCUGGAUGCAAUUGGUGCUAUUGGAAUUGCUCGGUGCUUUACUUUUGGCGGAAGCAGGAACAGAGUUCUCCAUGAUCCUAACAUCCAGCCACGGUUAGACUUAUCCAAGGAACAGUAUAUGAAAAAAGAUGAGCAGACUACUGUAAACCACUUCCAUGAGAAGCUUCUUAAGCUUAAGGAUAUGAUGAAAACCAAGGCUGGACGGAGCAGGGCUGAGAAAAGGCACAAAUUCAUGGAGGAUUAUCUUAAAGAGUUCUAUGAUGAAUGGAAUGGAAAAGCUUGAAGCAGAAAGAGAGACUUACUAUAACUCCCCAUGUAAUGUGUUGUCUCUAGCUCUAACAUUAUUUGAGUCUCAAUUUCAAAUUGUGAUGGAUUAUGUUAUAUACAAAUAGUGUAAAAUAAAAAUGAAGGUGGAUGAUUCAUGAUUGUAACUUUUAAUGCCUAAAAUAAGGUGAGUUUUCUGAUUGUCGUUUA